AUGGAGGUUCUUAUUGCUAGUACGAAAAAAGUGGAAGAAGAUAAUGAAGGAUUUCAACUUGUAAGUAAAAGAAAUAAGGGGAAUAAUAUGGGAGUACACGACAAGGAGGAAAUGGGAAAAAAGAAUCAAGUCUCAGUUCAGGGGCAAAAUGGGAAUUAUCAAGGAAAAGGAAAAAGUGGGGAUGGUAUCAAUGCUGGAAGUCAAGGGCAGAAAGGGAAUAAUGGUUCGAAAUUAGGGAAUAAUAAUGGGGGGAAUCAAUGGAAUAAAGGAAAAGCAGUUCAGGGGUAUAAUGGGAAAAAUUAUAGCAAGAAUGGGAAUUUUUUUGGUGGAAAAUUAGAACAGGGGCAAAGCAGCAAAAGCAAUUUUUUUGUGAAAAAAGAGAAUAUUGUGGGGGAUAUUUCAGUGGAAAAAAAUAAGCAAAAGUCUAAUUUAAAAGUGGAGUUGGGGAAAAAAGAAGGAAAUGUGCAGAAAUAUAUUCCAAAAUCUGGCCCGGACAUUAAGAUCAGCUCAAAUUUUGACAAGGAAAACUCGAACAUCAGAAAAGUUGAUACCAUGGAGUUUGUUUCUAAAAAUAAAUUUGAUGUCUUAAUGGAAUUGAAAGAGGAGAAUCAAUACGGGAUUUCGAAAAAAGGAAUAGCUGAUAUUGAUUUAGAUUAUCUGGAUACGGUUGAUCAAAUGGAAGUAAUUGGAGGUAUCCCUUUGCUUCAGCUUAUUACUUCGGUCCUCUUGUCGUUGCCUGUGUUCUGGGCUUCCAGCAUACUUAUUCCGAUCAGCAUCAUAAAGGACAUUGAAAAGUUGAUGAAGAAUUUUUUAUGGAAUCAUGAUGAAUCAAAAAAAGGAAGAGCGAAAGUGGCUUGGACUUCUAUAUGUAAGCCGGUGGUGAAUGGAGGUCUGGGUAUCAGAAGUUUGAGAAUGUGGAAUAAAGCUAUUAUCUCAAAAAGAAUUUGGAUGAUUCUGUCUGAUUUUGAUUCUUUGUGGGUUAAGUGGGUUAAGAUUAAUCUCUUAAAAGGAAGAAGUUUUUGGGAUAUAGAGAAAAAGAAUGGGCUAAGUUGGAGCUGGCGGAAUCUCAUUAAGCUUAAGGAUGCUGUUAGAAAUCACUUUUGUAAUAAGAUAGGAGAUGGUGCUUCCUCUUUUAUUUGGUUUGAUGAUUGGCAUCCACUGGGACCUCUUUCUUAUGUUAUAUCUCCUAGGGAAAUCUCGCAAGCUGGGUUCAGUAUUUCGGACAAGGUUAGAGACGUCAUAGUUGAUGAUUCUUGGUUCUGGCCGAAUGAAUGGUGUGAUAUUAUCCCUCAAUUAAGGAACUUCCAACUUCCUUUUCUUAACCCUUCAAUUCCUGAUAAAGUUAUGUGGAGGAGCAGUUCUGGGAGAAUAAUUGAUUUUAGCAUAAAAAGAGUUUGUGAUGAUCUUUCGAACUUUGGCAAUGAAGUUUCAUGGGUCCAUUUGGUUUGGUUCAAACAAAGAAUUCCAAGGCAUAGCUUUAUUCUUUGGCUUGCUGUUCAGGAAAGACUUAUGACGCAGGACAGAAUGAGAUUUUGGGACAAAAAUAAAAAUCUCUAUUGUGUCCUUUGUAAUAAACAACCUGAUUCGCAUUCUCACCUGUUCUUUGAAUGUUCCUUUUCUAACCAUGUUUGGGAAGCUGUGAAAGACAAAACAGGAAUUAUUAGUGACUCGCAUGGCUGGAAAGAGUUAAUUGAAGAGCUUCAAGAAAAGUUUAAAGGAAAAAGCAUACUUGUUUUCAUCACGAAGAUUGCUUUUGCUGCUUCAGUGUAUUAUAUUUGGAGAGAAAGAAAUCGAAGGCUUUUUAGGAAAGGCAAAUCGGAAGAGUCGAAAGUUAUGUUAGAAAUUUUUGAAGAAAUUCGCUUGAAGCUUAUUGGCCUCAAAGGUGAUUACUUGGGGUUUGAUAAUGUUGUCAAGAAGAAGUGGGGUGUUCCUGUGGGGGAGAAAAAUCAAGAUCAUUUUGAUGAUUAA